UACUCGUACAUCGUCAACACUCGAUUCUGUCCCUUUUUAAAAGCACAUAGGUACAUUCAUACCCAAAACAAACCAUCCAGUUACCAUGAAGUCCGCAGCAGUAGCCGCCGCAAUCCUGGCCUCCGUUGCCGUCGCGCAACCCCACGGGCACCACCGUCACGCCCACGCCAAGCGUGAACUAGUCACAGAAUGGGAAACCGUGUGGGAGACCGCCACCGUCAUAAUCGACGAUGAAUCCACGCAGACCAUAGCCCCGUCCCACCAGGAGACGAGCUCCGGUUACCCAGGCCAAUUCUUCCAGACCCCUAGCGCGAGCCCAAGCUCCAGCUCCGCUCCCGCCCCAACACCCACCACCACCGUCAGCCUGUCCAAGGCGACCUCGUACUCGGUCUCAAUCCCAUCUGUACCAUCCGUACCCUCCGUCCCCAUUCCCGCACCCAGCUCAGAGGAAACCCCCACACAAGCACCCACCACCGCACAGCCCGCCCCCUCAUCAACGAGCACCUACGCCGCGACCCCCAGCGGCUCCGGUAGUUCCACCGGCAGCGACGGAAUCCCCUUCAACCAGAAAUUCUCGGGAGAAAUCACAUACUACAACGCGGCCCUCGGCGCCUGCGGGUACGAAGACACCGGCGUCGACGACUCGGAGAACAUCGUCGCCAUCCCCAAAGCAUUCUGGAACGCCAUCAGCACCCUCACAAGCUACGGUAUCAACCAACCCGCCCACCCCCUCUGCGACAAGACAAUCACCAUCACCGCGCCCAACGGCAAGACCACAACCGCCAAGAUCCGCGACCGUUGCGAUGGCUGCAGUGGCGAUGCCAUCGAUGUCACGCCCCACACUUUCAAAGAUCUCUUCGGAUCCUUGGAUGCGGGUCGUUUGGACUGCUCUUGGACCAUCAAUGAAUAAACGGAAUCCACCAUACACCGUUUACAAGCGUCAAUUCAGUACUUUUUUCUGUUAUCUUUGAGAUUUCGGCGCUAGCAAAAUAAAGUGGACGGA